CCAUCAACCUUUGCGUCGCGGCCCACUUUUCGCGUGAGGAUUAGAAGCCGCUGCUGCCGCUCCCUCCGCUGGCAUGUCGGUGGUUUUCGUGCCGGAGAAACUCCGAGGCAAGGCGGAGGUGAACCAAGAGACGCUGCAACGGGUGAGCGAAAGGGGCGGGCGCCACAGAGAGAGCGGAGGGGAGCGUCGCUCACGCAGCCCUCUUUUUAACUCCCGUACGCCGCCAUAGGAAAGGCAAGAACGUCGGGAGGCGUCAGAGCGCCGCUCUACCUUCCUCUCUCUCUGUUUUCCUGGCCAGGUUCUUUGUAUUGGGUUAGUUCGUCGGUUAGAACCGGAAGUGUCUGUGCCAUUUCAUUCCCCGCCUCUUGCAGGCUGCGUGAAGAUGGUCCGGGCUGCUUAAAAGCUGAGAGCGUGACGUCAGUGACCCUGGGCAGUGCACUCUGUACAUUCUCAGGGUUGGCCGAAAUCAGUGGCUCUGCGCAGGUCGGCUCCUUCACUCUCCUCGAUCGUGAUUGCUUAGCGAAAGGCCAUAACCAAGUACAAUAAAAAGCGGUACACCGCCAGAAAGAUAACUAAAACAAAUGAAUAGCAUAGUCUGCUACAAUAUCCUAUAUCUUUUGCAGUAACAGUAAACUCUUAACGUUACCAAAAAGAAAACUCGCCCUUUAAUAUUUAAGUCUUUAGUUGAGGACUGAAGUUGACAUUCUUUUAGUACCGGAUAUUCUUCAUCCACCACUUUAAUAAUCUGAAAUCAGGGGUCAUCAGUAGGCCACCUGUGGGCACCAUGGUGCUCUUAAAAUUGCUCCCUGGUGCCUUUGAAGCCUCUGACCACCCACCCACACUGCCUCAUUGAUCGUGAGAUGGUAGUUCACAGUACCUAUGCUAUAAAUCAUCCUCAAAAUUAUCCAGUGUAAUUGUUAAGUAGUUGUUCUUGAACAAGUUUCAGUAAUAUGCAGUUGAUCCAGUGCUGUUGUAACUUUCAGUUGCUUGAAGAAAAUGACCAGCUGAUUCGAUGUAUUGUAGAAUAUCAGAAUAAAGGAAGAGCUGAAGAAUGUGUGCAGUAAGUAAAUUCAAUCUAAGAGUCGCCUAUUAUACAUUUUUCAGGACUUCAUUUUUGUAUUUGCUUGAUUAAAGCAAACAAUCAAGUAAUUGUUUAGAGAGCUUGCGUGUCUCAUUGCGAGAUGUGGGUUUGAAUAAAUCUCAUUGGUCCUGAGCAAAUUUACAGGGGAGGUGAAGGAGAAUUGAAAUCAGGCACAUUGUUGCUGAAAUAAAUGCAGUUAGUCUGUAAAACACAACCAGACUGUGCAGGGCAUUAAUGAAAAUCUUGUUUAUUUCGCUGAAUUUAAUGUGGGAGGUAAUAGCUUACAGAUGUACCAACCCCUUCUUCUUGGCAGCCCUAGACUUCUGAAAGGCCAUUGUAAUAGUGGCUGUUUUAUUUUAAAUUUAUUUCCUAAUAAUCCCUAACAUUUUCCCCUUUUGCUGCCACUGCACAAGCUUGAUGAUUUUAUAGAGCUGUGUACCACAACAGCAAGAUCUUCCCUGGUUAGACACUGCUAGUUCAGACUUCAUCAGUGUGAAUGUAAAGUUAGAAUGAUGUGCUCCAGUGUGCAAUAUUGCCCACUCAUCUAUGCCUUUGCAGUAAUUAAGUGAGCAUUAAACAUCAUUAAACAAGGGCAGUGUUCUCGAAGCUACCAACAUGAGUUUGACCAAACUGCGGGAGGCAAUGGAAGACAGGAGUGCCUGACGUGCUCUGGUCCAUGGGGUCAUGAAGAGUCGGACACGACUAAACGACUAAACAAUUGACUUAAUUAGUAUUUUUUAAAAAAAAAACAUUUCCUUCAAUUUAAAAAUAAAAUACUAUCAGGAACAGGGGAAAGAAGCUAAGAGGAUUCAAAAAUAUUAUUGGCUUCAUAUUAAUUAACAACUCUUCCCUUCCCCCUGCUUUCUCAAGUAUAAAGUGAGCAAAAUAGAGACCUAAAUCCUACUGUCACUUAUAUGCUGGCUGCUAGAGCAAUUCUGUUAUUUCAGUUGCCCUAAGGAAUCUCAUUCUUCUGUUUCUCUGUUACAGACACCAGCACACACUGCACAGAAACUUGAUUUAUUUAGCUACUAUUGCGGAUGCAUCUCCCUCUCCGAAUGCAGGGAAGACUGUUGCAGACUGAUACUAUGCUCCUUGGCACACUUGUGAAUCCUUGAAGGAAAUGGGGAGUGAAUCUGGAAGAUCCAUUAGUCCCCUCCUCUUUAACGGAGAGGAAUAAAUCCAGCACCUGAUGGAAAGCCAGCUGAAUUGUGCUUCCUUAACAGAACACAUUCCUGCCUUCAUUUCAUCCUCUUUGCCAUCAACUAGUAAAUGCCAUUUGCUUUACCCCCACCUUGGGUGCAAAAGGAAAAAUGACAUAGUGCACUGCAUAUUCCUUCAGCUACAAUGUCGCUGCUUAAAAGGUCAAGGUUGAUGGGUAUUAUUAACAACAUUUGCCAUUGCCUCAGAGCAUCAGUUCUCGAGGUGACAUUACAAUCUAGCCCAGUGACCCAUGAAGAAGGUUGGUAAAGAAGGGGUACUUAACAUUUUUACAUUAAAAUCUUAUUCCGGAUAUGGUGAAAAGAGCAAGAGAUUAUAACAAUGUGGUGGUGUAUGCAGUUACCUGUUAGCGCUUGGAAGAGAGAAUUGUCACAUGCCUACUGACAAAACACCUCCUUUUGCCUCUUAUUUGUAUGGAAUUAAACAUUAUCACUCAUAAAGGGCACUGCUAAGCUUUGAUUACUUUAAUGUGUAUUCCUUUUCUGUAGUAAAAACCAUAUUGAUCCUGAUACAUACAUGCAGUAGAGGAAAAAAUAAAGAUAUUUCAACUGGCUGUUUUGAACCACUUAAUAUUUUCAGAUCAAUCCAUAUCUCCAUAGUUCUCAGUGUGCUUUUAUGAAAUAUUUUCUUUCCCUCCUGGACUGCUAAGGUUCUAGCAAUGUUUUAAAUGUUUCUUGCUAGUACUUACUGAAAGAUUCUAGGCAGUGAACUGAGGUUUUCCCAUGGAUUCUUAGGGAAAGGAUAGCUGGUUUUGUAGCUUAGCAUGAGUUGUUUUCCCCAGCCAAUGCCCUCCAGGUGUUUUGGACUAAAACUCAACGGCUCCAGACAAUAUAGCUGUGCUAUCCAGGGUUCAUGGGAGUUGAAGUUCAAACUGUCUGAAAGGCUGCAGGUUGGGUAAGAUUGCCUCAGUAAUAACACUUUAUGAAUGAGUGACGAAAGAGCACCACAGCUGCUUUGGAAUGCAGAGGAGCUAGUGCAUUGCUGCUUUUCACUUAGAAUCAUAGAAUUGUAGAGUUGGAAGGGACCUCAAGGGUCAUCAAGUCCAACCCCCUGCAAUGCAGGAAUCUCAACUAAAGCAUCCCUAACAGAUGGUCAUCCAACCUCUGCUUAAAAACAUCCAAGGAAGGAGAGCCCACAACCUCCUGAGGGAGUCUAUUCCUCUCAAAACAGCUUACUGUCAGAAACACCCAGAGUUUGCUUGCUCAGUUUAUAGCUCCCUUUUAUUAUUGCUUAAAACUACUUUCCUUGUUUGCUGUAGCCCCAGCUAUCUCCCCUGACUAGGCAAAGUAGCUGCUGCCAGAGCACACUUAAUUGUAAAAGAGGACUGGUGGCAUGGGGGAUUUCUCUUCUUUUAAAAAAGAAAAAAGAAACCUAAAGCUAUACAAUGUAAAAGGAGCAUAGUGAGUUGAUGUGAAGUAGCAACAGCAGCUCAUUCUAUCACUGAAGCUGGUGAUGCAAAGCCUCUCCUACUACAUUUGCAGUGCUGGUGGAAUGGACUCCUGCCCCCCUGGACCAGGAGUAGUAUAAAAUGGGAGCUCUCCCCCAACCAUGCUUAUUAACUAAAAGUUUCUAAGUUAUGUUUCCAGUCUAUGGUAACAAAUGAAAGCAUAUUGAAACAAAGGGGUUUCAUGUUAGAAAUUGUUUUUACUCCCAACUUACAAUGAAGGCCACUACACAACACACUCGAGCCAGAGGCAAAGCACCUGUUAAUCUUCCCCGAGAUGAAGGGAGGCAUUCUCUAGCCUCCGCCACUGGCCUCGGGGCCCUGGGAGGCUGUCCAUGGCAGCUGUGCAGUUCUUUGCAGCACAGCUGUAGGAUACAGCCAUACAACAGCUGCAUCUAGAAUGAAUGUACUCUUCAGCAAUUCCGUAUCAUUUGGUAUCCUGCAAGUGGAGCAGAUCCAGGUAUUGUAACUUAAAACAUACAUUUUCAAUGUUCUUUAAACAUUACAUUCUGGAACUGCUGCUAAAUUCACAUCGAUUGCACCUGAUAAUGCAGUGAGGUACCCCAGGCAGAAUGCUGUAUUGUAGCUGGGCAAUCAGACCUGUUCUAAAGCAGAGUGCGGCAAGAAGACAAUAGUACCUAACUAGUUAAGGCAGUGGGAUCAAAUAACAUUCUGCCAUUUUGAAUCAUGAAUUUUCUAAUAAUAAAACCAAAACUAUUUGUCGCAAGUCUGUUAAGCCUGUUAAAUUUGGAUGAGAACAAGGGCAGAAAGAUGGUGGAAAGUGAAGACUUAAAUGAACAGAAUAGUUGGCGAGGUAAGACAAUUUACUGCUUACAUGGUAUGGAACUUAAGUGCUAUAGAUGCCCACAUACUUAAGUGAAACAUCAGUACAAGAUGCUACACAGGACAGAUUGGAUAGGUUUUGAGGAUAUAGAAUGCCCAUAUCAAGCCUUGAAUGAGGCAGUGAGACUUCAAAGUGACAACAGGAGUUCUAGAUACUCAUCAAUGCUGGUCAAAAAUUUCCUUCCUGAAGCAGAGACUUAUCCUUCCUGCUCCAGGUCCGACAUCUGAAAAAGCUUUGCCACACUAUUUAUAGACAGCUGUUCUUGCAAACAUCUAUAUUUCUGUCCCUCACCACUUGUGCUGUUGCAUUAUGGGACCAGCUAUAGUUCUGGUACCAACCACACUAGUUACCAGUGCCUAAGGGGCAGCCUUUCAACUGAAUGCCAUCCUAUCAGUCCCAGCCAGCCCAUGUGAGCUGGCUGGAGUUGAGAGUUCUAGUCCAAAACAUCUGGAUGAGACAGGCUGAGUGAGACCUAUAGACAAUAUACACAAUGUCUGCUAGGUAGUAAAGCUUGGGUUAGGAAUCCAGAUACAUUUCCUUUCAGAAAAUGUGUCCACAUAGCAUGUGUUUCAUACCCUACACUCGGUAGUAUUAAGACUGUGAGCCAGGCAUGGCCAAACUUUGGCCCUCCAGAUGUUUUGGGACUACAAUUCCCAUCAUCC